AUUUAGUCAGAAAAGUCACGUGCACCUAUCAGGUGAUUUUUUUUUUGGCUUUAUCAAAUCCAAUAACACUUGGAGACGGAAGAGUAGGGUUUGUGUAAACGAGAGAUUUGAGAUGGCGCUUAGAGGAGUAUGGCAGCUCCAAAAGCUCGUAGUGAGCUACUGUAAUUGGGGAGGUAGCAGUAGAGGCAUAAGAGCCUUUAUGGAAUCAGAGUUGCCUGCGCUUAUAGAGAAAAACCCGCAGCUCGAAGUGGCAACCGAGCUUUCAAGGGGGCAACAUCCUUACCUCAAGGGCAUAUACAGGAAUAGAAAUGAGAGGGUGGUGUGUGUGAAGAACAUGGAUCCUGAACAAGUGCUUUUGAAUGCAACGAGGCUUAGGAACUCACUUGGAAGGAAAGUGGUGAAGCUGAGGACUAGACAUGUGACCAAGCACCCCAGUGUUCAAGGCACUUGGACAACCGCUGUCAAGUUCUGACAACUUUGGAUGUUGCAAGUAUUCAUCCUUGUUAUCUUACAUUUGCAGUCCUGAGUUGUUUCUACUUCUAUUUGGACAAAGAUUCAGCUUCAGUUGUUUGAGUCUUAAUAAGAUUUCAGGAGGGUUUAUGGUAAAUUUCAUAGUUAUAGUA